UCGAAACUAUAUGUCUUUAAACCCUAUAAAUAUGUAUACAUUCCUCUUACCGAAAAGAAAAGCGAAAAUCUGGAAAGAGAGAGACGCGCCGUCACCACUGCACCCUUGAGCUGUCUUCUUCGUAAGCCACCAUCGUUUUUCCCCGUUCUUGUCGCAAUAUCUGAUCGGAACUUUCUGAAACUAUAAAACAAUUAGGGUUUUGCGCUUUCCCUUCCCUGUUUGAUCGUUGUAGACCUACACAUGUUAUCCAAAAGGACCAAAACUAUGGCAGAGAAAGAGAACUCAUCACCAGAAACACCGUCUCUGAUUCCGUCACUUCCAGAAGACAUCAUCAUUGACAUCUUAGCGCGUGUGUCCAGAUGGGAGUAUCCAACACUCUCCCUCGUUUCCAAGCAGUUCCAGUCACUCGUUGCGUCGCCUGAGCUAUACGCAAGACGUUCUUUGUUGGGAUGCACCGAACACUGCCUCUACGUUGUUCUCUGUGAGGGAGAAAACAAGCGUUGGUAUACUCUCAGACGGAACGCCAACGGUAACCGCAGCUUGGUCCGUAUCCCUUCACUUCCCCCUCUGACACGCGGUGAGAGCUUUCUCGCGGUGGGAUCUAAGAUAUACGUGUUUGGUGGGACUAAUGACACGAGUGAUUUUAGCAUAUACUGCAGAUCUCACACGGUGCAACCCCUCCCCAGCAUGCCUCUUCUGCCCAUGUCUGAUACAAGGGCUGCUAUCAUCGACGAUAAAAUUUACGUAAUGGGCCGCUUGGGUGACUUUCAGAAUCUCAUAGUGUUAUUCAAUACAAAAACAAACAUGUGGGAGCCUGAGAUUUUAAAGCCAGACAUCGAGCUGCAUGGUGAGCGCCGGAGCUUGGAUAGUUGUUUGGUGGGUGGGUGGUUGGUGUUGGCUAAUAAGAUGUAUGUGAAUGAUUUUACUAAUUACUGCCUUAUUUACGACCCAAAGGAAAAUAUAUGGAGACCGGAUGAUACGCUGCGUUCCGUAAAGAUGCCUACCGCAUGUGUUAUUGAUGACAUAUUAUACUACUUCCCUACAUUUCUUGAUUUUACUGACAACGAUGAUUACGUUGCUAUAAAUAUAAGAACCUAUGAUCCAAAGCGGAGUUGUUGGGGAGUGGUGAAAGGUUUGAAUAAGCUGUUUUCUAAGAUGAAAAGUUUUCGGUGUAUUCACGCUGCGAAUUAUGGUGGGAAGCUGGCUUUGUUUUAUAGUGGAAGAUAUGGAAAUUAUUGUACAAGAUAUGGAAAUUAUUGUACAAGAAGAGACGUAAGAUCCAAGAAGAAGAUUUGGUAUGCGGAGAUUUUGCUGGAAAGACGUCAUGGAGGAAAGAUUUGGGGUACAGUUGAGUGGUGUGGUAAGGUCCUGGUUGCUGAGGAUUCUUGCAAUGUGCUGAAAUGUCUGAAUGUUAUCGUAUGAUGCAUUAAUUCUUCUUCAUAACACCAACCUAUUAAAGAAGCAUAUGAAAAGCCUAUUUAGACUCUUUUGUUGCUUUUCUUAUCUAGUGUUUCCAAAGCACUUGUGUUAGAUAUAUUCAAUAAAAGUGAGAAACAACUAUUGAACUAUA